CUAACCAGUGUGAGAAAUUUAUCCAACUCUAGGCAGCACCUAUGUUACAAAAGACAAACACAUCUUCUGGUUUCCUGUACGUAACAACUCAAAAUGCAGGGUUUAAUUCGCAAACUGGUGGCACAGGUACAGGCACAGCAUCCCCUUCGCAACACCAACUCUCACCACCGUAUCUUCAACACUCACAGCGCCUUCUCCUCUGUUCCCAAACCUUCGCAACCCCAACUGCAUCAAGUGAACCACAUUCACUCUCCCUUCCUCACUCACCCACUUCAUCAUUUUCACUCAUGCCGCUCCUUUUCCACCAAAUUUCGCGCCUUUCUCUCCCAACCAAUGAUCUCGCGUCACUUCGCCUUCAAUCCUCUCCUCAGGGUCUCUGCCAGAAGCCUCCAAAUCGGUUGCAGGCCCAGUCUUCAUUAUUUUAUUCGACACAACUUCAAUUUCAGCCAUAAUCACGAUUUUUCUCGGCGUUCUUGGAGAUCAUGGCUCCGUGGGCUAACAGCUAAUGACAUGGUUUUGGGCUUGAUUAUAGCUAAUGUUGCUAUUUUUUUAUUGUGGAGGAUAGCAGAUCAAAAUUUUAUGAUAAAGAACUUUACUAUCUCUUUGGACAAUUUUAAGAGUGGACGUUUGCACACUUUGAUUACCAAUGCAUUCAGUCAUGUAGAUACCUGGCAUAUAGUUUCCAACAUGAUUGGACUCUACUUCUUUGGAAUGAAUAUUGGAAGAAAUUUUGGACCUGAAUUUCUGCUGAAGUUGUAUCUUGCUGGGGCAGUUGGUGGCUCUGUUUUUUACUUGAUCCAUCAGGCCUAUAAAGCACAAACAUCAAAGGACUGGAGAACUAUGAUUGUUUCAAAGGAAUUAGCAUUGGGGGCAAGUGGAGCUGUAAAUGCAGUUAUGCUACUUGACAUAUUUCUCUUUCCAAAAGCAACCCUUUACCUUGACUUUUUUAUACCAGUUCCCGCGGUCUUGCUGGGUAUCUUUUUGAUUGGGAAAGAUAUGCUAAGGAUACUUGAGGGAAACAGUCAAAUAUCAGGAUCUGCACAUUUGGGAGGUGCUGCUGUUGCAGCCAUAGCUUGGGCAGGGGUUCGGAAAGGAAGAUUCUAAAUCCUUUUUCAUACCCUGGAAAUGUGUGUUUAUUAUUGUUCAAUAAGUUUAUGUUAGGUAUCCUAUUGAAGACAUUGGUUUAACAGCCGUGCAUAGGAAAAUUUACUGUUUUUCUUUUCAGGUUUGAAUGAUAUAUUAUUGAUGUUAAACCCUUUAGUUCUUACCAAAGGCGUCUAACUAAGUUGUUUUAAUUAUGUAAUUUUAAUGUCCUA